GCUAAUAAUACCAACAAAUGCCAAUAUUCUAGCGCCCAUUUUUUGCGAGGUUAAAAUAAAUUUGCGAGCCGGCUGCAAUUGCAAAGUACAGUGCCAGUUGUUGAAUUUAUUAAUCGUGUAAAAAAUAAACUUGAUAUGUCGAUGUCCACAUUCAACUUUGCCAGUAUGGCGUCCCAACUGGGGCAGGAGCAAGGCAUUUCAUUCCAAGACAAGGCGCUCACCUGGGACACAGCUGCCGAUGUUCAAGAUGUUGUGGACGCUCUCAACAAACAGACCACGGUGCACUACCUCAAUCUGGACGGAAAUACCCUGGGCGUUGAGGCGGCCAAAGCGAUUGGCGAGGGCCUAAAGCGUCAUCCAGAGUUCCGGAAGGCGUUGUGGAAGAACCUAUUUACGCGUCGGCUUAAAUCAGAGAUUCCAGAAGCUCUAAAACACCUCGGAGCCGCUUUAAAUGUAGCUGGGGCCAAGCUGACUGUCCUAGAUCUCAGCGAUAAUGCUUUGGGACCGAACGGCAUGCGGGGAUUGGAGGAGUUCUUGCGAUCGCCUGUCUGCUACUCGCUGCAAAAGCUGCUGCUAUACAAUUGUGGUCUGGGUCCCGAGGGUGGAAGUAUGCUGUCCAAGGCUCUGAUAGAUUUGCAUGCCAAUGCCAAGAAGGCAGGAUUUCCGCUUCAGCUCCGUGUAUUUGUGGGUGCGCGUAACCGACUCGAGAAUUCAGGUGCCAGAGCCCUGGCCGAAGCGUUCAAAACUCUUAAGACAUUUGAAGAAAUUGUUUUGCAGCAAAACUCAAUUUACUUCGAAGGAGUCUCUGCCCUCGCCGAAUCCUUCAAGGAGAACCCGCACUUGCGGGUGAUAAACAUGAACGAUAAUACUCUAAGGCCUAAGGGUGCGGAAAAGAUCGCAGAGAUUCUGCCCUUCUUGCCCAUGCUGCGGGAAUUAAAUUGUGGCGAUUGCCUGGUCCGUACAAAUGGUGCCUACCAUUUUGGUGAAGCUCUAGAGAACUCAAACGAUCAACUGGAGGUGCUCGACUUGGGUUUCAAUGAAAUUAACAGCGACGGAGGUAUGGUCUUGGUGUCCGCCAUGAAAAACAAGCUCAAGCUGCGCUUCUUCAACCUCGAUGGCAAUAACUUUGGUGAAGAAGGAGCCGAACAGAUCAAAGAAGAAAUGAAUAAGUUUCCUAAUGCUGCUGCCCUUCAAAAUUUUGAUGAAGUUUACUCCGAAAACGGUUCUUCGGAUGAGGAGGAUGAGGACGAGGAAGAGGCAGGCGACCAAGACGCUGAAUAUGAUGAUGAGAAUGAGGAUGGUUGCCAGGAGUAUGAUGACGAUGAGGACAACGAACAUGGGCAUGCUAACGAUACCACCGAGGAAGCCGAUGAGGAUGACGAGGAGUAUAACAACGUGGCCGAGGAGACUGCCUAUGUAACCACCAAUGCCUACACAACCAAACUAUUCAACGACACCAACAACUCGAAGGCCAGCGAUACUUUCGCAGUCGCCAACAAAACGAUCAACCAAAAUUGCACACCAGAGGAGUUCUGCUUGAGCCAGACGCCCUGCUCCCAGCAACAGUUUGAAUCCCUCGAUAAAGACAACAAAUUCGAGGCUCUACAAUCCAUUAUAGACCAAUUCACCGGCGAUAACCAUUUGUUGCUGCUCGUCUUCACCACUUUGAAAUGUGCGCAUUUGUCGCAAUCAUCAAAAGCUGCCUUGGAUCUGGCUGUCUCGCUGUACCAGGCCACCUUUGAUUAUGCCAUUAAGACGAAGCAGGAGACCCGUGUGCUUAACUAUGUCCUGAUGCAAUUGCGAUUGCUACGCUGUGAGGAACCAUUCAAGUCGGACUAUGACAUCAAGAGUUGUCGAUUCGCACUUCGCGAGGCCCUGAAACAGCCAAAGUUCGCCAAUGACAACAUAAAGAACUCCUUCAAGACUUACCUUGAGGCAGUCGAUGUGUAAAACUUGUAGACUUAACAAAUUAUUUAUAUUUCCUACGUUCCAUUAUAAAGCGUUCGUCUUUGGUAAAUAAAACUGAAUAUUAAUAUUUUAAUAUUUAAUUAAACUUCAA